AUGGAAUUUGAUGUCAAAGACACAACAAUUACUGUGACAGAGCUCGUGAAGGAGAGAGUUGAUACCAAACUAAAAGAGAAGAACAAUGUAACACUUGUUAAGACCCUUAGCAUUGAGGAGAUAGACACAUAUAUUGGUAGGCUAGCCAAGCUGACGACUGGCAUGACUAGUGCUGACUUGGCCAACUUCGUCAACCAGGCUGCCCUCAGAGCAGCAGUAGAUGGCGCCACUGAAGUAGAUGUGUCUCACUUUGAUACAGCACUGGACAGAAUCAGAAUGGCAAACAGAGUCAAACUGCAUUCUCAUGAGGAAAAAUUGCUGACGGCUCACCACGAAGCUGGGCAUGCGCUGGUGGGGUUCUAUAGCAAGGGCAUUCAAAAGGUCCACAAAUUGACCAUACUGCCCCGGUCAUAUGGCUCUCUUGGACAUACUUCAUUUUACACAGAGAAAGAUGUGACCAGCCUAAACAGAGAACAGCUGCUAGGCAGACUGGACAUGCUGCUGGGGGGAAGGGCAGCCGAGGAGUUACUGGUUGGAUCUGGCAAAGUCACAACAGGUGCUUCAGGGGACUGUGACCGGGCCAGUCUCCUUGCCAAGUCCAUGGUUUCCAAAUGGGCCAUGUCAGAGAAGGUGGGUCUGCGCACGCUUAAAGAGGAUGAUGCUCUCAGCGAAGAACACAGGAAAGAGAUGGAUGAUGAAAUCAAGAGGAUGCUGCAGGUGGGUCUGCGCACGCUUAAAGAGGAUGAUGCUCUCAGCGAAGAACACAGGAAAGAGAUGGAUGAUGAAAUCAAGAGGAUGCUGCAGGAAUCCUAUGAAUGA